AUGAAGAAGAAGGUAUUACUGAUGGGUAAGAGCGAGUCUGGCAAGACGAGCAUGAGGUCAAUCAUAUUCGCAAAUUAUAUCGCUCGCGACACAAGACGUCUUGGAGCUACUAUUGAUGUAGAACACUCUCAUGUACGCUUUCUUGGUAACCUAGUACUAAAUAUCUGGGAUUGUGGAGGACAAGAAGCGUUUAUGGAAAAUUAUUUUACUAGUCAACGUGAUAACAUAUUUCGUAACGUAGAAGUUUUAAUUUACGUAUUUGACGUUGAAAGCAGCGAGUUAGAAAAAGACAUGCAUUAUUAUCAGACAUGCUUAGAGGCAAUCUUGCAAAAUUCACCACAAGCCAGAAUAUUUUGUUUAAUUCAUAAAAUGGAUCUAGUACAAGAAGAUCAGAGAGAAGCGAUCUUUCGUGAAAGAGAAGAAGACUUGAAGAGGCUAUCGAGACCUCUAGAGUGCACUUGUUUCCGAACGUCUAUCUGGGAUGAAACAUUAUAUAAGGCAUGGUCUUCUAUUGUAUAUCUGUUAAUACCGAAUAUUUCUAAUCUUGAAAAUAAUCUAAAGAAAUUUACUGAAAUUUUGGAAGCCGAUGAAGUUUUACUGUUUGAAAAAGCAACGUUCCUGGUUAUUGCUCAUUGCCAAGUCAAGCAGCAUCAUGAUAUUCACAGAUUUGAAAAAAUUAGUAAUAUUAUUAAACAGUUUAAAUUAAGUUGCAGUAAAAUGCAGUCAAAUUUUCAAAGCAUGGAAGUUCGUAAUUCGGAAUUUGCUGCUUACGUCGAAGAAUUUACCAACAAUACAUUUGUAAUGGUAGUCAUUAGCGAUAUUGCCAUCCCAUCGACGGCCCUCCUGAUCAAUAUAAAAAAUGCCCGAAAAUAUUUCGAUAAGAUUGAAAAGAAUGAUUUACGCUCCGGUUUCCAUGGAGAAUAA